GAGGUCAGGGGCCGCCCCCGGGGCCUCGGGGUUCGGUUCCCGGGUCCUCCGAGUUCCAUUCCCAGGCGGGGCCGGGCUCAGGACCCCGAUCGCACCCGCUGUGUCCUGCGGUCGCUGCGCCGAAGCCGCGACGCCCGUACGGCCGGAGUGCGGCAGGGCGGCCCGGGUCCCCCAGACCCGGGCGUGGAGCGUGCGUCGGACGCAGUUUGCAAGUGGAUUCUGGGCUCCGCUGGAGAUGGCUUCCAGUAUUGAUCAUCGAGGAGGAAACUAAAAGCGGCCGCAGGGCCUCGGUGGGUCACUCCCCUAGCCUUUGACCAGCCCGGGCCCCAGAGCCGUCCUGUCCUAUUUUUACUCUGGGCAAAUCGGGGGGCGGGGGUUGGGGCUGACUCCGGCGGUGAUUCAGGCUUCAGCUGCUCUAGGCAUCUCGUCACCUGGCAACUGAGCCCUGGGCACCCACAGCGGCUCCGAGAGGACAGAAGUCCUUGGUGCCUGGGCUGGCUGCGAACCCACGGUCAUCUGGUUCAGGCAUCCGCAGAAAGACAGCGCUGCCUGGUGUCUGACUGGUCCUCCGGGCCUCAGCUUGCACCCCGGCCACACGCCCCCCCCCUCUGCUCUCAGGGCCUGAGGGCAGGAAUUCCCCCAGAAGAACCAGAGGUUGGAGUUUGGGGGCCUAGGCCUGGGCGGGAUCUCUGUCUCCACUUCCCAAGUACCCAGGCCUACCCAGCCUUAUAGUUCUGGGUUCCCCACUUGUAAACCUUCACCACGCCUGUGCCAUUUUACAGGUGAACAAAGCCUCAUCUUCCCUUCUCUGUUGCCUAGGUUUCCAGUCUUUGACAGCUGCUCCCCCACCCCCACUGCCCCUGCAUUGUCUCAAACUUGAGAGGCCCAGAGAGGCCCCUGUCCAGAGGCACUGGGCACGUUCUCUGUUUGGGAUAGGGCGUGGGGUCUUUAUUUUUUACCUUCUUUUUUUUUUUUAAGAUUUUAUUUAUUUAUUCAUGAGAGACACGACACAGAGAGAGAGAGACACAGGCAGAGGGAGAAGCAGGCUCCACACAGGGAGCCCGACGUGGGACUCGAUCCCCGGUCUCCAGGAUCACGCCCUGGACUGAAGGUGGUGCUAAACCACUGAGCUGCCCAGGGAUCCCUACCUACUUAUUUUAAAGAUUUUAUUUUUAAAUAAUCUACACUGAACAUAGGGCAGGGACUCACAUCCCCCGAGAUCAAGACUCAGACGCUCCACGGAUGGAGCCAGCCAGAUGUCCUGUUUGGGGUCUUUGGAGUUACCCUGCUUGCUGCCCCCACAGGCAGGCCUCAGCCUUCAUUGAUGUGCCUCCCUGGGCAGCCUGGGCCACCUCACUCGUCCCGUCCUUUGACUUGAUAGCUCUUCCUCUGGGGACUAGCUACUCUAUUGAGAUCUGGUGGCGGGAGACUUCUGUUGAGGUCCCCUCAAAGGCCUGAGGGGCCCUGCAGGGCAGACUGCUAGGACCCCUGGUUGUGUCUUCUUUAGGCCAGGGUUCCCUCCUGCCUAUGCCCAGCCCCGAUUAAGAAGCAGGACGAAGCAGCCUCUUGGAGCUGGCUGCAGGCUCCAGUAGACUGACUGGACUCAGUGGGUGGGCCAGAGUCAGGACGCUUUGCAGAAUGGGUCCAGGUCCCCACCACUCACUGUGUGGUUCGGCAGCCUAUUUCUCUCUAAAAUGGGGAUAGCGAUUAUGAGACUUACCCCACCGUCUUAGGUCAUGUCAGGGGUCCUUGAGGAUAGGAUGGAGAAGAUGGGCCUCCUUUUCUCACCUGGCACAAGUCUCAGGGCCUUUCUACAUGAGGUCCUUGUCUAGGGAGGGGGUGGGCUAUUUGCAGGUUUGCAGUGUAGUAGAGGUGGGGGUUUGGACAGCCCCAUCUCCUCCCAAGAAACCGUUUCUCCUGAGAAACUCCCAGGAACUCCCUUCGUCAGCUCUACUCACGGCAGCAGCCCCAGCAUGAUGGGGUCGGCCCCAUUGCCAGCCUGGUCGCCCCCCCCCCCCCCCCACAGAGCUGUCUACAUCCUCUUACAGGCAGACAGACCAUGGCCGAGUUCUCCCAGAAACGGGGGAAGCAGCGUGAUGAGGUCCUGGGCAGCACCGUGGACUUCCUCCUGGCCAAUGCCCGCCUGGUGCUGGGCGUGGGCGGAGCCGCCGUGCUGGGAAUUGCUACCCUGGCUGUGAAGCGGCUCAUUGACAGGGCCACCAGCCCUCGAGAUGAGGAUGACGCCAAGGGGGACACCACACGUCUGGAGGAGAGCUGGAAGGAACUGAACCUGCUCACGGCCACACCGCGUCAACAGCCCCGGCCCCCACCUGCUGCCCUCAGCCAGCCCGUGUCACCUCCUGACCCCUUGCCGGCUGCCCCAGAGGGGCCCACAGACACGGGUCCUGAGAUGUCACUGCAGCUUAGCUCUCCGGUGCCGCUGUGCCUGACGUUCCAGGAGAAGCUGCUGGCGUUUGAGCAGACCCAUGUGACCAUCCCCGCGGCCCACGUGGCCCUGGCCAAGCAGCUGGCCGGUGACAUUGGCCUUGAGCUGCAGGCCUAUCUGCGGAACAAGUUCCCGGAGCUGCCCUUUGGGGCACUGGUGCCCGGCGGGCCGCUCUACGACGGGCUGCAGGCAGGGGCGGCUGAGCGCGUGCAUAUCCUGGUCCCCCUGGUGCUGGAGGCGGGCCUGUGGAGCCUGGUGCCGGGGGCGGACACCGUGGCCAGGGACCCUCGCUGCUGGGCCGUGCGCAGGACUCAGCUGGAGUUCCGGCCCCGCGGGAGCAGCCCCUGGGACCGCUUCCUGGUGGGCGGCUACCUGUCUUCCCGCGUCCUGCUAGAGCUGCUCCGCAAAGCCCUGGCCUCCUGCAUCAACUGGCCAGCCAUCGGCAGCCUGCUCGGGUGCCUGAUCCGGCCCAGCGUGGCUGCCGAGGAGCUGCUGCUCGAGGUGCAGCACGAGCGCCUCGAGCUCACAGUCGCCGUGCUGCUGGUGGUCGCCGGCGCUGCUCCCGAAGAUCCCCUCCUCCUGGCCUGGCCCCUGGAGGGGUUGGCCGGGAACCUCUGGCUGCAGGACUUGUACCCCGCGGAGGCCGCCAGGCUGCGGGUCCUGGACGAGCGUGACGCUGGGACGCGCCGGCGGCUGCUGCGGCUGCUGUGCGGGGUCUGCCGCCGCCACCCAUCCCUGCAGCGGCUGGACCGGCGCCACCUGACUCAGGUGGUUCUGCGCCUGGGGGAGCACGAGGCCGACUGGGCCGAGGCGGCCUUGGGGGCGCGCUUCCUGCAGGCCCUGGAGGCGCUCGUCGACAGCUUGGAGCGGGCCAGCCUCCCCUGCCAGCUCAACCCCAGCGUGAACCUCUUCGGGAGCCUGCGGGACGAGGAGAUUGACGCCCUGGGCUUCGCGCUCUUCUGCGGCCUGCAGGCCCCCGAGUGGCUGCUCUAACCGGGUGGGGACAGGGCGGCCGGCGCUCAUUCGGCGGUGGGUGAGCUGGACGCGCCUCCCCUCCGGGAAUCUGGAGAGCACCCUGUCUCUUGCUUUAGCCAGAAUAAAAAGAGGGGGCUGCCCUGUAAGCCCCCGGGUUAGCAUGUACGCGGGCAGCAGUCGCGGGAGGCGCCGGGCCCAGAGAGCUUGGUUGGGCCACCUCGGGGCAGCCUGGAGCGCCGGCCACUCCCCCGGCCCCAUCUGGCCUUGGGCCAACCCUGGGACCGUGGGCUCGGUCCGUCGUCACCAGCAGUGAACGCACGGACGACACGGCUUCUGCUCUCCUAGGCGGGGGAUAAAGGCAGCUCCGUUUAUCUGUUGAGAGGGUGAGUUAGCGUUUUCCUCGGGUGCCAGCUCCAGGUAUCUCGAGGCUUCUGGUGCUGGGUGGUAAACACUGUGUUUGUGUCGUCCCCCAGGGGCCAGAGUCACCCGGGACCCCCCUGUGCCCCGGAUUGCAGCUUUGGGGCUGAUCUGAAGGCUGUGUCUCCCAAGUCAUGUCACCUGCGUGUCCAGCCAGCUUGUUGAGCUCUCCCCUCUAGCCUGGAGCAGAGCUCCGUCGGACGUGCUGCCCACUUCGUACCUCAGGGGAAGGCCCCAUUCUCUCCAACAGGGCAGAUUUUCUGUUUGGGAGGCAGAGACCCCUGGAGAACCUAAGGCUCGCAGUGCCCCCCGCUUUGCCUGGAGCCAAGGAUGUGCCACCGGCUACUGCUGGGCCCGGCCUCCACCGAGCCACCACGAGCGCUCCCCCGACACUGAGGCCCGCUGCUUGGGGAUGGGAUUCCGCCUCCCCUCCCGGGCAUCCCUCCCAUCUUUGGUGUCCUUCGUGCUGAAGCAAAGCUGUGCCUCUAGGAAUGUGAAUAAAAGGAAAAACGAG